AUGAAGGAGAAAUCAAAAACUGCCGCAAGGACUAGACGGGAAAAGGAGAACAGCGAAUUUUAUGAACUGGCCAAAAUGUUGCCUUUACCCUCGGCUAUUACGUCGCAGCUGGACAAAGCGUCUAUAAUACGACUGACAACAAGUUAUCUGAAGAUGAGAAUUGUCUUUCCUCAGGGUUUGGGUGAGGCUUGGGGUCACACGAGUCGAACGAGAUCUUUGGACAAUGUAGGACGUGAGUUGGGAUCCCACCUUCUCCAGACCCUGGAUGGCUUCAUCUUUGUUGUGGCACCGGAUGGAAAGAUCAUGUACAUCUCCGAGACUGCAUCAGUCCAUUUGGGACUCUCUCAGGUAGAGCUGACCGGAAACAGUAUUUACGAAUAUGUCCACCCCGCAGACCACGACGAAAUGACUGCAGUCUUGACACCACAUCAGCCGUACCACUCGCAUUUCGUUCAAGAAUACGAGAUGGAGCGCUCUUUCUUCUUGAGGAUGAAAUGCGUGCUGGCGAAGAGGAACGCUGGCCUCACCAGCGGUGGAUAUAAGGUAAUUCACUGCAGCGGUUACCUGAAGAUCCGUCAGUACAGCCUGGACAUGUCGCCUUUCGACGGCUGCUACCAGAACGUGGGCCUUGUGGCGGUGGGACACUCUUUGCCUCCCAGCGCUGUGACGGAGAUUAAGCUGCACAGCAACAUGUUCAUGUUCAGAGCCAGCCUCGACAUGAAACUAAUCUUCCUUGACUCGAGGGUGGCAGAGCUGACAGGCUACGAGCCACAGGACCUCAUUGAGAAGACCCUGUACCACCACGUCCAUAGCUGUGACACCUUCCACCUACGAUGUGCCCACCACUUGUUGCUGGUGAAGGGCCAGGUGACCACUAAGUAUUACCGUUUCCUAGCCAAACAGGGGGGCUGGGUGUGGGUGCAGAGCUACGCCACCAUCGUCCACAACAGCCGCUCUUCCAGACCCCACUGCAUCGUCAGCGUCAACUACGUCCUGACAGAUACUGAAUAUAAGGGAAUACAGCUGUCCUUGGACCAGAUGACCCCUAGCAAGCCAGCGUUCUCAUACAGCAGCCCUCCGAGCACUACAGACGAGAGGAAGGGCACCAAGCCCUGUGUAACACACACCAAGGCCAAAGUCAGAGUGUCCCCCUAUCCACAGCAGUUUUCAGCCUUUCACCCAGAGCGUUCCGAGUCCGACCAGGACAGCCAAUGGGGAGGUAGCCCGCUGACAGACUCCGCCUCGCCUCAGCUGCUUGACCAAGGGGAGGGAGCGGAGGGCGGGGCCUGCGCCUACAGACUCUACCCCGACUCCGGCUCCCUGUGCUAUGGCCUGGCCCUCUCCGAGGAGGACUUAACGCACACCCACACCCCCGCCCACCCUCACAUCCCCGCCUGCGACCGUGGUGCCCGCUGCCAAGCUGGUCGCUACUUCCUGGGCGCUGCUCCCCAGUCUGGACGGGAGGCCUGGUGGGAUGCCACGCGCUCUGUACUGUCACUACCCAAGUCGUCUCUGGAGAACGGCGAGGGCUACGACCUCACUUCCUAUCACAGCCUGGUCCAAGGAAGGGGCCACUGGGACGAGGAGAGCGUGGUCAGCUCGCCUGAAGGGGGCGGCGGCUCCACCAGCGACCCGGGUGAACGUUACCGCAGCAGCACUGUCGGCGACCAUUUCCAGGCGAGUCCUCAGGAGCCCAGCAAGAUGGAAACACUGAUCCGCGUCACGCAGCAGAUGAUCAAGGAGGAGGAGAGCCGCCUACAGCUGCACAAAGGGCCCCUGGACGCCCUGGGCCCAGUGGGGGGUCUCUCCAACAAGAGCCACAGACCCUGCUCCUUCACCCCCUCCUCCCUGCCCCUCCUCCAAACUGCCAUGCCCGGCGUCGUGUGUCGUGGCCCGGGAGUCGCCGACGGCAUCAACCUCACCCUCACCUCCGAGCGCCUCCAUCACCGCAACGACGGCGGAAAUGUUUUGGGUUCCCACGACAACGACGACAAAAACACGGCCAGCCCGGCCUCUCUGUCGCGCCUCAGCAGCCCCAGCUCUGACGGAAUCCCCAGGUCGGGCCUGUCCGUCUCCAAAGACUACCUGCAGAGUCAGACAGAUGUCUCGCCCCACCACCACCCUCCAGUGCUCUACCCUGCCCAGGAGAGGCAGCACCUGGACAGGCACGCAGCCUACACCCUGACUGGCUACUCCCUGGACCACCUGUACGACGCGGAGAGCCUGAGGAGCUACUCUGGGCUGGCAGGAGCCCAGUACGGCAUGCUGCCCCACAUGAGGAUGCAGGCCGACCAGAUACAAGGACACAAGGGCACAUCGGUGAUCAUCACCAAUGGGAGCUGA